AUGAUACAAAGAGCUACGCUUUACUUUAUUAUUGCUUUUGUCUCCUGUCUCUUGUUGGAAGUUAAUGCCCUACGUGUGAAUUUGGAAAAGGAAUCACAACAGCGCACAACAUUACCCUUGCUAUUAUUGCUAAGUAAUCCGUUGGCAUUGCCACUGGUAACCACAGGUGGACUGAGGCCAGGAGUUCCUCUAAGACGACCCCAAGGUGGGUCUACUCAGGACUUGGGGCAAGUGUCUUCAGAUGUGAAGCAAAUGGAUGAGGUUGCAGGCACAGAUGCAAAUGAUCAAAUCCGUGAACAGUUCAUUCAGGGCGUGUUGCAGGGACUACAAUCGAUGAGUGGACCAGGACCCACCAUACAGCCCGCGGUGCUGGCGGACUUUCUACAGCAGGCGAUGGCGUCAGAGACCACCAGUACGCAACCUGUACAAAAACUAGCUCAUAGACCUAUCAGUGAUGAAAGCAGCAAUGACAAUGACCCCGACUACGAUUACAUCGACUUUAAGAAUGGCUCACGCAUUCAAUACGAGCUUGAUAAUGAUCAACAGUUAAACAAUACAACGAUCCAGCAGCCGGCAGCAGUUGCUCCUCUAAAUUACGGCUACUACAGCUCACAGUUGUUUGGUUGA